CCCAUUUCAGGAGGUUUAUAUAAUUAAUUAGUUUUAUUUCGGGUUUUUUCAAAUAACCUUGCUAGACACGUUAACAAAGGCCGCCGAAGACAACGACGUGAACAGCUUCACAUGACGCAGCGCGUAGCGACAACAGUUCCACUUGUUUUGUUUAUUUAUCGUCAAUACUUACGGCGCGGCGAGGGGGCGCGGGGCGAGGCGCGGGGCGGGCGCGCUGGCACCGCGCCACCGGAUCGCGGUCACACACCAAAACAUGCAAUUUCUCGGGAAAAAAUAAAAGAGUACAUCGCGAGCCGACUCCGCUACCGGGCCUCCAUACGUCCAGCCGCCAGAAAGCGCCCUACGUCGCGUCGUCGGUGCGUCAUCAAUAGAAAAUUAUUGAGGCCGAGCCCGCCGCCCGGUCGCGCGAUGAGUCGUUGAGCACGAGCGUCCGCGCAGUGUCCGCACGCAAUUCAGCUCAGUUGGCACGCAAUUAGUGUACCGUAAUUGAUCAAUCAGCAACUUUGUAAUAUGGGCGAUGCGGGCGGCAUGGACGCGGUGUACCCGGCGGCCGCGUCAGCGCUGGAACGCGGGCGCCGGCGGCGGGGCGCCGGCCCUCGCACACGGCACCGCACGCUGCCCGUCACCUUUGCUGAGAUCAAGGAGGUGGACGAAGACACGCCGAGCGAGGACGUCUGUGCAACCAGCGCUGUGAGCGUCACCAGCGUGGCGGAGGAGCGCCGCCGCCGCCCCGACCUGCUGGACGAGCGCUUCACCGCGCAGUUUGCGGAGAGCCGCCGACGCCGCGCUAGGCGUACGCUUCUGCGCGAGCCCGACGAGGCACCAAGUGCGCCGCGCGCGGCCAGCGAGCCGCGGCCCGAUGCGGGGCCCUCCUGAGAAACCGUGCCUCGCCGACUUGCUGGACCAGCGCUUUGGCGCGCAGUCCGCCGAGCGUCGCUGAUCCUGCGCCAGGCACGCCCCUCUAAGCAAGCCAAACGAGGCUCCAUACAUACCACGCGCCACCAGCAAGCCGCAGUCCGAUUCGGGGCCCUCCUGAGAAGAAGGACCGCCCCGCUUUGCUGGACCAGCGCUUUGGCGCGCAGUUCGCAGAGAGUUGCUGACCCUGCGCCAGGCACGCGCCUCUGCGCCCGACAAGAACCCGUGCGCGCUACUUACCAUCCGCAGCCCCACACGAGCGAACAGUGUUCAGUGGUCAGUUCCGGAGGGUCAGUGGUGUUUUGUUAGAAGCUGAGCGUCGUUGUUUGUGUCGUAUUGUUAUAAGUGUUUUAAUUAAGACCGCUAACAGGUUAUUAUCGAUAAAUAUAUUUUUGUUACGGGAUAUGUGAAUACUGAAUAUAUUAGGUAUAUGAUAGUGAAGUUAACAAUUAAAGUGGUGUCCAACUAAAAACCAUUAUAUUCCUAGAACUCAUAUAAUUAGUACCUAAGUAAAAUCACCCAUUAUCAUCUAAUCAACUAAUAGAAGUCUACUGCUAGACCUAGGGUUAGAUAGGUCUUUUUUUCUAAUUUAAUGAUCUUUUGCCGCUUUCGUUGAUGAAGUCUGCCCACCUGCUGGGGGUCUCCCAACGAUGCGUUUACCGUUGCGACUUCACCAUUUCAGCACCUUAGGGCUCUAACGCCAUGUAUGUCCCACCCAUUGCCACUCCAUCGCCUGGUCAUCGUCUGCAGAGGGACUCUUUCUUAUGAGAAUAUAUAGUGAGCGACUAAGUUUGGCAGCCACAAGUCAUCACUGGUAACUGUUCGAAUACUAUGGUCACUAACGUUACCCACCCGAGCGCGAUUCGGUGGCUUACCUCUUCCGCGAAAUUGGACCUUCCUAAAUUGAUCUGUGUCCUAGACGUAGGUAAACGGAUUUAACGACAAUUUCGAGGGCACAGUUCUUAAUGAAUAGGUGCAGGUUAAAGCAAGUAAAUACUUGAGCAUUAGAUAUAGUUAUAUCGUCUUGCUUAUUUUCAUUCUUAGAGACUAUCCUCUUAAAAAUAAGUACUGCCGCGCGAUUUAUCAUUCAGGUAUGAUGUCGCGAAGAAACCCAUAAGGGAUAGGGGGUGCUAUGGCAGUUAUUUUAACCCAUACGGGAUAAAAUAAUUGCCAUUGCUCCAGGUUAGACCGCUACCAUCUCAGACUGCUUCAUCACUGACCAGGUGAGAUUACAGUCUUAUGAUUUGCCGGCAAGCGGGACGCGUCUGCUGUAAAUUGCAGUCUAAUCUCUUGUUAACAAACUUAUUAAUCCAGCGGCAGCGGCGGGGGCACUUACAAAUUUAGAAGUUGGCCUCGCGUGGUGCCCGCGCCUAAGGAUUUUUAGGUUAUUAUUUUGUUUUCUUUUUCUGUCCGGGAAGCUCUUUACAGAACGAAUAUUACCUAAAUCUUAAAUAAUCAAGGAUGCAAUAUCUACCUAUUUAAAAAUAUUUUGCCGCAACUUUAGCUCUGUUUGCAUUAACGGUUAAUUAUUUCUAAUUGUCAAACUUCAUCUAAUUGAUACUCCGUUGUGGUAUUGGAACAAAUACUUAAGUUAUUAUAUACUUGAUGUACACUCGAAGGUCAGUGUGCUGAUUAUUUCAGUCUGGGAGCAUACCUGCUCACGACUUGGCGUGGCGGGCACGAGCUAUAUUGUGCAGCCAGCGUGGCUGAGUUACCUAGCGGUCAACGAGGUGAUACCAAAUCGAGGAGCGUGAGAACACUUUAUUUUUCAUUAUUCUUUUAUAAUAUUCUUUCUUUAAAAACAAUUUGAAUCAUAUUAUUAAAAAAAUGCCUAACGAAACCGAUAGCAAAGGUGAUUUAAAGAGUUUACUUACAAAGCGAACAUCAAUUAAGGGACCCUAAACGGUAACCUACGUUCAAGCAAGUUCAAGUUUCUUAAGCACUCGUUGUCUUUGGCAAUUAGAACAAUACCAUCUCCCUCACAUACAUUCUGGUCCCCAUCUAUUGCUUGUGUUAAUUCGGUAAUCUCUAUAUCCCAUAAAUGGUGGAAGCCUUGCUUGUAGCACAUGUUAGAAAUUUAUAAUAUGCAAGCACCAUCGAGUUUAGGCGAUCUAUCCAAUAAUGGGGAACUUAAGUGUUUACACCUAGAAGCGGUCAGUGACCUCGGUUAAAGUGGUUUUUACAAGAUUUCGUAUAAGCAUUCCAUCAUUGAUUUUGCAACUGACGAAAACAUUAUAUUCACCUCCUCACCCGCGCUCCUCAUUUUGGUGGCAUCUGGGAAGCCGGUGUCAAAUCCUCCAAAUAAAUAGUCGCGUUAUAGGUCAUACCCAGCUUAAUUUUGAAGAAUUAGGAAGAUAAUUCUCUCAAGUCGAGGCUAUCUUAAACUAUCUUUAUAUCCCUUGACAUCAAAUCCCAAAGAAUACCUAUCCUUCACUCCGGGGCACUUUUUGUUAGGACGUCCCCACUUGCUUCAAUACCAUCCCCUUCGAAAAUAUUCUUCAAAAUAUUGCAGCAAAUUCGACAUCAAUUUUGGCAGCGAUGCCACAGAGAACAAAUUGAGAACAAAUUCUUAAAAAUUUUAAGAAGGAAACGACUCAGCUCCUCUAUGCUGGCGACUAGGUCUUAAGAGUUUUAUGAUUGUUUCCUUACAUGUGAUAAUCCAGAAGGUUGAAAUCUGCACUUUCCACUGAGGGGAGUGUGAUGACGCGCCUAACCAUUUUCGAAGCAAAUGCUACUGAAAGAGUUUGUUUAUUGCCCAUCUACCCGCAAUAUAUUUUGUUACGUCAAUGUCUUUUUACGUACCUAUACAUUUUCACUACUUAAAAAAAAGAAAAAUAUUUUUUUUUUUUUAGAUAGGAGCUCUAUCUUUAGAACCAGUCAUUUUCCGUUUCCAUAGGUCUGAAAAUAUGGUUAAAAAAAAAUUGAGCCCCCAUCAGUUCCGGGUAAGAAACUUCGUUUUUUCAAGUAUUAAAUACAUGGCCAAUGACCAUCACCACAAUGUAUUUUGUGCGAAAUGUAACAGUGUUCUUGUAAUAGUUUUAAUG